AUGUCCGUGACCUUCGCCCUCUUGCUCCUCCUGAGCCAGGCCACCUCAGACCCCUGCUACCACCCGGGGGGCCGCCCCCGCUUCUGCCUCCCACCCAGCUGCCGCCCAUCCCACCGAGACUGGCCCUGGCGGCCUGCCACACCCUGGCACCCCCACCCUUGCCUACCCUGUUCCUGCAACCAGCACGCCCGCCGCUGCAGGUUCAACUCGGAGCUGUUCCGGCUGUCGGGAGGCCGGAGUGGCGGUGUCUGCGAGCGAUGCCGCCACCACACGGCCGGGCGGCACUGCCACUACUGCCAGCCAGGGUUCUGGAGGGACCCCGGGCAGCCUAUCACCAGCCGUAAGGCCUGCAGGGCCUGCCAGUGCCACCCCAUUGGGGCGACAGGCGGCACCUGCAACCAGACCAGCGGGCAAUGUUCCUGUAAGAUAGGGGUCACCGGCCUGACGUGCAGCCGCUGUGGCCCUGGCUACCAGCAGAGCCGCUCCCCGCGGAUGCCCUGCCAGCGAAUCCCAGAGGCAACAACCACCCUGGCGACGACCUCUAGUGCUUACGGCUCGGACCCUCAGUGUCACAACUACUGCAAUGUCUCGGGCACCAGGGUACACAUGAGCCUGCGGAGGUUCUGCCAACAGGACUACGGUGAGUGA